AUGGCCUCGAGGCGCCAGGCCGACCCGAGGGUGCCGCCCUCGGACCAGUUGUCGGGAGGUGUCAGCGUGCCGCGGGCCCGGAGGAGCAGUGCAGGCAAGCGUAGCAUGAGCGCCCGGUCAGAGGCUUCUGCCAAGAGUGCGGCCCGCCUUACACCGAUCAAGGCCCUCAAGACCGAGGCGUUCGCGACGCCGCACACGGCGCCGCAGCCCCCGCUCGGAGUGGACAUAGAGGUGAAGGCCGAAAAGCUCCGCGAAGCGGUGGCUCAGGGGACCCUGGAGUCCCAGCUGGCCCGAGCACAGGAGGGCGGAGGCGACGCUGGUCAGGGCGAGGCCGCAACGGCCGCCCAGGCCGACACCGAGAGGGAAGCCUGCCGGGUGACGCGGAGAGCGCCGCCUAGCCGGGCGUUGGAGCCGGCGGGGGCAGAGCGGAUGCCUCCGCCCAGCCGGAAGCAGGAGAAGGAGGAGCUGGGGGCACCAGUGAUGGAAGAGACCCGCAUCCCGGAGCCCGCGAGGGCCGGGGACGAGGGUGCUGCUGCAGAGGCGGCGGCGCAAGCGGCGCCGGAGAACGUGGAGCCGGUGGUGGAGCUACCGUCGAGCAGCGGUGAGUACGAGGGCUCGAGGGAAAUCGACCCUGCAGCUGCGACCAGCGCCGCCGGUUGGGUCUUCGAGUUCGUCGCGGCUUCCGCGGAGAUCCUCUGCAUGGAGAUGUACGAGGAGAUCGGCGACCAGGGGCAUAGCGACGAGGACGACUGGGCAAUUGUUCGGUCUGGAGUCCCCUCGGACAUCACCCAUGCCGAGCGAGAAGAAGAAGACUGGUGGGCCCACGUCGUUCCCUCGGAUUUUGCCGACGCCGAGCGGCAGGAGGAUGACGCCUGGCGCAACCAUAUGGCCGUCGGGGGCCAGAUCGAGGAGGGCCUCUCCCGGGUCGUGGAUCUCUUCUCGCAAGUGUACCACAAUGCCAGCAACCAACUCCUGUCCAUGUCGAGGGAGAAGAAUGAAAGGCUGACGCGGCUACACUCCAGGGCGCAUUGGCUUGACUCGUACAAUGCCACCCUGGCCACGCGACUGGAGGAGGCCGACGCUCGGGCCGAGCAGGUGAUCCCCUUGGAGGCGCGCAUCCACGAGUUGGAGCAGGAGCUGGCCCGAGCCACCGGUGAGCGCAACGCCCAGCGAGCCGCGGCUGACCAGAAGGCCCAGGAGGCCGAGGCACGUGAGGCCGAGCUAUGGCAAGCCAGAGCAGCGCUCGAGCAAAAGGAGCAAGCCCUCGAAGCGAAGGAGGCCGAGCUCCAACGCAAGGAGACCGAGCUCCAUCAGCUGAAGAAGGCGGUGGCGAACGAGACCGCGGCGAAGGAGGCUGCCAACACCGCGUUCACGGUGGUGCACGACGAGUACGCCGAGCUGGAGCGGACUGCCGUGGCCGUGUAUCAGGAGCUCGAGGGGGCAAAUGCUCAGUCUGAUAAACUUCUGCAAGGAAUUUUGCGUUCAUAA